AUGGUGCAGCUGAGCUCAGAGUCAGCCCUGAACGAGCUACUCUCCUCCAAAGAGGAGGAGUGGCGGGCACUGCAGGCCCAGCACUCGCGGCUGCAGGAGGCGGCUGUGCGGGAGGCCCAGGGCCGGCUGCAGGAAGCACAGGACCAGCUCCAGCGUCUGCAGGAGGACUUCCUCUACAACCUGCAGGUGCUGGCGGAGCGGGACAGCGAGCUGGAGCACUACGACGCCGCCUUCGCCGAGGCCAGAGGCCGGGAGGAGGCCAAGCAGGCGGAGGCUAGCGAGCUCAGGAUAGAGGUGGCCAAGCUGAGGCAGGCGCUUGCCGCGGAGGCCCGGCAGAAGGAGGAGCUGCAGCGGAGGCAGCAGCUGCUACAGCAGGAGCACUGCCUCGAGCUGGAGCGUGCGUACAGUGACAAGAAUGGGGAGAUUGAACGUCAGCGGGAACACUAUGAACAUCUCAAGUGGAAACUGGAGCAAAAGCUGGAGGAACUCGAUGGGGAGCUGGCCCUGCAGAGGCAGGAACUGCUGCUGGACUUUGAAUCUGAGCUGCAGAAGAGAGAGCGCGCCUUCCAGCAGCAGGCCAAUGACAUGAGCCAUGUUCUCCUGUCCCAUGAGCUCAAGGUCAAACUGCUGAGCAGGGAGCUUGAGGCGCUGACGGAGGCGGGGGCCAAGGCCUCAGAGUGUCUGCAGAGAGCUGAGGCCGCCAGCGCCAGCCUGGAGAGCCAGCUGCAGGUCCGCACCUGGGAGCUGCAGGACCUGGAGGCCGUGAAGGACGCCCGGAUAAAGGACUUAGAAGACAAACUGCACUCCAUGCAGCUGAGUAGGACCAAGGAGGAGGACGUGUUCAAGAGGAAGCACGAGGAGCUGGACAGGCUGGCCAGGGAGAGGGACACUGUUCUGGCUGCGGUGAAGGGUGCCCAUGGGGAGCAGCUGCGUGCCCUGGAGAGCAGGAUCAUGGAGCUGCAGGCCCACUGCGAGAGCCUGGAGGUGCAGCUGCGCAGGGCCGAGUGGACGCAGGCCGACACUGCCCGCGAGAAGGACGCUGUCAUUGAGAAGCUCCACGAGGACUCCGCAGCUCUCAAGAGCGCCUGGGAUGCCCAGGUGGCCCAGCUGUCCCAGGAGGCGGUCUCCAAGGACCUCCAGGUCCAGGCGCUGCGGGAGGACGAGGCAAAGCUCAAGGCACAGCUGGCCCGAGCCCAGCAGGAUGUUGACAGGUACAAGCAGCAGCUGUCCCUGGCUGUGGAGAGGGAACAGAGCCUGGCGCGCGAGCAGGUGCAGCUGGGCCUGGACUGGCAGCGCCGCUGUGAGGACACCGAGCGGGAGCAGAUACGGAGGUCGGAGGCCUUGAUCGAAGGUCUGACGGCGUCACGGGCCCAGGUGACUGCAAAGCUGCAGGAGACGGAGCAGGUGCUGCGGGAGCAGGAGAGACUGCUGAAGGCCGUGGUCCUGGAGCGGGACCAGGCGCUGCAGGCGCUGCGGGUGCACGGGCUCCUCCCGCCCGAGGGGGCCCAGUGUGGAGAGGGCGCUGGCAGCAGCUUCCAGUCCAGUGAGAUCCGAAGGCUGCAGGAGCAGAACGCAAGCCUACGGCACACCGUGGCGCACAUGAGGCGGGAGAUGGAGUCCCUGGGCCAGCAACUUCCCCCUUCCCCGGCGCCUGGAGAAGAGGCCACCAGGACCGACCAGCCCCAUUCCAAGGCAGAGGAGACUGGCACUCCUGACCACGCCCUGGCCUUGGAGGCCGAAGUGCAGCACUUGAAGCACAGGUUUGAGGCCCUGGAGGAGCAGCUGGAAGGUGUGCUGGCACCAGAGCCCCGCCCCCAGUCCCAGGCCACCGGCGACACUGUCCCCAUCAGCCCGGAGUGCACUGGACUGGCCCUCAGGAAGCUCGGGGACCGUGUGCGUCUCUUGAACAUGCUGGUGACGCGGCUCAGACGGAAGGUGCUGCCAAAAUCCCUGAAGAUGGAUGCCAUCCAGCGCGAGCUCCCCCAGGAGGUGGAGCAGGUGCACCUGGAGGUCCUGGAGCUGCGGAAGCAGGUGGCUGAGCUGGGAAAGCACCUUGGGGCAGCCCAGCAGGGAGGAGAGCAGCCUGCAGGCGGCCCCACAGCUGCAGCUGUGGGGGCUGAUGCCCAAGGGCCGUUCCCGUGUGCCCAGCCAGGGCCGCAGACCCCACAGGCCUUGUCAGUGGACCGAAUGCAGAAGAAGCUGAAGGAAGCAGCCCGAAAAAUCCUCAGGCUCCGGCUGGAGAAGGAACAACUCCUUGAGAUGGGGAACAGGCUCCGCGCUGAGCUGGGCCACCCCAAAGGUGGGUGCCACGGCUCGGCUGGGCAGGGAGCCACCACAGCCAGGCCAGACCCAGAGACCCUGUACCCCCGAGAGGCACCCGCGCUGCCUGCAGACCGAGGCUCGCCGCUGGGACAAGUGCAGCCCCACCUCGCAACACAGAGGCAGCACCUAGUCCCCACGGCGACCUGCUCAGCAGCACAGCAGAAGGAGAACAGGCUCCCACCUCCACACCUGGCCCGCCCUGAGGACAGAGGCUGCCCCGGCCAGGGCUCAUCGUCACUCACCGGCAGCUCACUCCAGGACACCUGGAAAUUGUUGGACCUGGGGUCCAGCCCUUCUGGUCUCACCUCCCAGGAAGACUCAGCUGCAGGUAGGCGUCACAGCCCUUCUCAAUGUCCCCACUUGUGUCUGCCCCUCCCAGCAGAGUGCCCAGCCAAGAGCCCCAGCACAGCCCUGGCCGUGGAAGGGGUGACGAAGACAGCCCAGCCGAAGUCCGGACCUGCCAGACCCUCCGCAUCCCAGCCUGCCAAGCCCAGGAGCCGCCGGCCACCCCCCAGGGUCCGGAACUACAACAACUGGAAGGACCUUGGGGUCGGCCUCCCCGGGGACUCCUCCCUCCUCGUCCCUGCCCUCUGCCACCCCAUCGCAUUCUUGGGCCCCUCCGGUGGCGGGGAGGGGCCCGGCCCCCCAGCGGACAGUGGCCCGAGCGCCUUUGUUCCGGUCCCGGGGGAGCUCCGCCCUCGGCGCACCGGGCCCUUCCCGGAGCGGCAGCCGGGAAGGGGGCCGCCGGGCCCGCGUGGACCCCGCGCCGCCCAGGAAGGCGCGCGGCGACCGGCAGUAACCCCGCCCGGGGAGCCCUCGGCCGGGGUCAACGACCGCGCCGCAGCCCGCCAGCCCGAGGCCGCGCGCAGCCGGCCAUCACCCUAUCGCCUAGCAACGCCCACUCGCGCCCUGCCAUUGGGCCGCCGCAAACGCCCCCGGCGCGCCAUUGGCCACCGCGGGGCAGCGCGCCACGCCCCCGGCCGGCUGGGCGCGAGCGGCCACGGCGACGAGGCCCGGGUAGCCACGCGGGUACCCCCAGCGGCCUUCCCGCCCGCGCCCCAGCGCACCCCAGGCCCCGUGCGCCCCGCGUCCCGGCCCACCGCGCCUCCCGCCCCGGCACGCCCCCGGCCCCAGCGCGCCCCCGGUCCCAGCGCGCCCCCAGCUCCGUGCCUCAGCACACCCCCGGCCCAGUGCGCCCCCGGCCCCGCGCGCCCCAGGCCAAGCACGCCCCCGAUACGUCCCCAUCCCGGUGAGCCGCGCGCCCCAGCGCGCCCCAGCGCCCCCCAGCCCAGUGCACCCCCGGCACGUCCCCGGCCCCCAGCGCGCCCCCGGCCCAGCGCCGUCGCGCGCGGCGCACACGUGGCGUCUGCGGAGACGAGGGUGGGGGCGGCCCCCAGCGCGUGCGUCGCGGGGGGCGGGGAGCGGAAGUGGGGGACGGGCGCGCUGCUCCCCGGCUUCCCCCGCGCUCCUCCCGCCCCCCCGAGCGCGCUCCCCGCCCCCGAGCGCGCUCCCGCGCAGAGUCCGGGGGGCGGCGCGCGCGGGUCACCCCACCACCGGCGGCGCGCCGAGGCCCGGGGCGCAGCCCCGACGCUCAUUGGCCUGGGCGGCGCAGCCAAGCUGUCAGCCCAUGUACGGGGCUUCGGCCGGGGCCCCGUGGGCGCCGCACCCCCGCAGGCGUUUGGGGAGCUCCCCACGGCGCGGGGGCCCUGA